UCCAGAGGGAGCGCCCGGCCAUGGGGAGGCCGAAGAAGGGCCCCCUGACGCUGGAGAAGUACCACCGCUUCUUCCUCGAUCCCUGGAGCACCGGCUUCACCAACGAACAACUCAACGGCAUCAUCUCCGUGCAUGGCUUCACCAAGCUCCACCGCUUCACCAAGAGGCGAAUCAUGGAGCACCUGGUGGGGCAGGUGGACCUGCAGCCGCCGCGUCGCUCCACGCUCCACACCGCGGCCCGGCUCUCCGCCGCGUGCAUCGCCGCCGCGCAGGCCGUGGCCGACGUCGCCGCGAUCGGCUGGACGGAGUGCCCCAUCGGCUCCGUGGCAGGCUUCGCCGGCUUCGGGGAGGACCCGCCGGAGCCGCUGGAGCCCAUGCCCCGGCCCGCCGAUCGCGUGCUCUCGCUGGCGGUGCGCCGGGCGCGGUCCAAGCGGACGCGCGGCUCUGCCUACCCGCGCCGUGCCGCGUCCCUGAAGGGGAAGGUGAAGGAGGAGGGGGAGAAGGGGGAGAUUUGGCGGCAGCCGCCACCGUCAACUCCGCCGCGGCGGAUGCGCUCCCCGACUCCGCCGUCUUCGCGCCCAUCGUCCCCGCGGCCACAGACCAUGGUGCCUCCUCCCCCUUCGUCGCCGUGCCGUCGCCAGCCUAAGUUGGAGCCGAUCCUCUCAUCGCCACCACCACCAGGCAUCGACUCGCCCCCGCCACCAGGCUCCGGCUCGCCACCACCACCAGGCUUCGGCUCGUCUCUGCCACCGCGCUGGAGCCGGCCUACAUUGGCGCCGCUCUCUGCGCCACCAGCACGCUUCGUCUCGCCGCUGCUCCCUACCCCACCAGUGGGCUCCGGUUCGUCCCAGGUGCCACCGCCGCCAGGCCCUGGAGCGCCGCCUACGUUCAAGCAUCAUCUUCAGCCUGCAGGACCGCGACCACUCUGGCGACCGACGGUGCCGCUGUCCAAUCCUGCACCGCGUCCGGGCGCGCCCUCAGUGCUGCCGCCACAGCAAGCGCCAUGGCGCUGGCCGCUUGCACCGCCGCGACGGGCACCGCCACAUAUGCAGCACUACCAGCGGCCGCCGCCACCCUGGGGCUGGAUGAGGCAGUCGGCACCUCCCCCUGUGCCGCCACAACAUCCGCCGCGUUUUGAGGAGCAACAGCAUACGCCGCAGCCCAGGCAGGUGAUUUACUUUUAGCCCAACAGUAAAAAGUUUUAGGGACUGUGUUGUCUGCAUUGUCUUUGCCAGCUUGAGAGUUUACUACACGAUGAC